AUGAACAAUUCUAGUGCUAUAGCGGCCGCUAACACAGCUCUGGCUGUUAAUAACAUCACAAACACAAAGAUGAAUAUCUCGUCACCACCUCCACCACCUCCACCCCCACCGCAACAACAGCAGCAACAGCAGCAACAGCAACAACAGCAGCAUCAGCAUCAGCAUCAGCAACAACAACAGGGGACCAUUCAACUGUCCCAUACUUAUAUUCAGCAACAGGGAGGUGUAGGGCUUCCAGGAGGAGUGGGAGCUGGCGCUGCACAGACUUCUAACGUGUCAACUGUUACUGCUCGUGAUGAUACGACGAUUGUGGGUUUACACUUUAAAAUUGGGAAGAAAAUUGGGGAAGGGUCCUUUGGUGUACUUUUUGAAGGUACUAACAUGCUCAAUGGUGUUCCGGUAGCGAUUAAGUUUGAGCCACGGAAAACAGAAGCUCCUCAAUUGAAGGAUGAGUACAGGACAUACAAAAUUCUUACUGGAACGGCAGGUAUUCCACAGGCUUACUACUUUGGCCACGAGGGAUUACACAAUAUUCUUGUGAUAGAUUUGCUAGGGCCAUCUUUGGAGGAUCUUUUCGACUGGUGCGGACGCCGAUUCACAGUGAAAACAGUAGUGCAGGUAGCCGUGCAAAUGAUUACCUUGAUAGAGGAUUUGCAUGCACAUGACUUAAUCUACCGUGACAUUAAACCUGAUAACUUUUUGAUAGGAAGACCCGACCAGCCCGAUGCUAACAAGGUGCAUUUAAUCGAUUUUGGGAUGGCAAAGCUAUACAGAGAUCCGAAGACCAAACAGCAUAUUCCUUACCGUGAGAAGAAGUCUUUGAGUGGAACUGCUAGAUACAUGUCUAUAAAUACACAUUUGGGGAGAGAGCAGAGCCGCAGAGACGAUAUGGAGGCGCUUGGUCACGUCUUUUUCUACUUUCUGAGGGGACAGUUACCAUGGCAAGGUUUGAAAGCUCCAAAUAAUAAACAAAAGUAUGAAAAGAUCGGUGAGAAGAAGAGAAGCACUAAUGUAUACGAUCUAUCUCAAGGCUUGCCCGUUCAAUUCGGUCGCUACUUGGAAGUUGUUAGAAACUUGGGCUUUGAAGAAACCCCAGACUACGAGGGUUAUCGGAAGUUGCUUUUGUCUACGUUAGACGAAUUAGGCCAAGAGUACAAUGGCGAAUACGAUUGGAUGAAGUUGAAUGGCGGUCGUGGUUGGGAUUUAGCCAUUAACAAGAAGCCAAACCUACACGGUUAUGGCAAUCCAAACCCUCCUAAUGAAAAAAACAGAAGACACAGAAAUAAGUACCCUCAACCUGCUGUUGCUCCUCAGCAACUAUCAUCUUCACAAGAUCCUCGUUAUGGAACUUCCCAACUGCAACUGCAACAGCAAAAACUGGAUCCAACUUCCUACGAGGCCUACCAGCAAGAAACUCAACAACGUUAUGCUCAUCAGCAACAGAAAUUGCAUAGUCAACAGCCCUUGAGUAACUACCAGUCGCAACAGCAACAACAACAGCUGCCUCAACAAGUCCAACAAGCACAGCUGUCUCAUAAACAACCACAGACCCAGUACCGUUCCCAACAACAGGCGCAAUAUCAGUUCCAAACUCACUCUCCACAGCACGGCCUGAACCACAAACUGAGCCAACAGGGUCAACUUGGUACUGGUACAGUAGGUACUACCGCGGUAAAUGGCCAACCAACUGAUCUCGACUCUGUAGCAUCCGCUAAGGGAUUCUUUGCCAAAAUGAAUUGUUGUUAG